CAGCCAAGAAGAUGUAAUCCAGAAACCCCCCAAAUAAAAACGCGUCAAGACAGCUAAAAGUUUCCUUUUCCUCUUCUCUUCUUCUUUCCUCUAGCUUUGACUUCAUUUUUCUUCUUUAGUACCAUUUUCUUGGCUUGGGCGCGAUUUCUUUAUUAGCAUUUCUUUAGAUUGCCAUUCGCAUUUUCGUAUUCUUCGGUUCCAUUCAACCAGGAAUUGUUGUUGUUGACAUUGUGGGUUUUUGGUGGUUGAGGGUUGUAAAAUGAGUGAAAUUUUGGCGGUGCAUGCAGACCGGUUUGUGAAGCCGGUUCAGGAGAUUAACCCAUAUGGUAUCGUGGAUGAGAAGCCGCAGCGCGAAAUGGUGGGGCCUUCUACUUCAUUGGCGCCGCGGCCGGAGGAGGAGGAGGUGGUGGUAAUGGUGGGGGAGAAUGAGAAUGAGGAAGCGCCGCUUAUAGCGAUGGCUGAGUGCCGCAUUUGUCAGGAGGAGGAUUCAUUGACCAAUUUGGAAACUCCCUGUGCUUGCAGCGGUAGUCUUAAGUAUGCUCAUAGAAAAUGUGUUCAACACUGGUGCAAUGAGAAAGGGGACAUCAUUUGUGAGAUCUGCCAUCAGCCUUACCAACCUGGUUAUACUGCUUCUCGACCUAAUCCUGAAGAGACUACAAUAGAUAUUGGGGGAGGCUGGCAGAUUUCUGGGGCACCUUUGGAUUUGCAUGAUCCUCGCCUUUUGGCAAUUGCAGAGGCUGAGCGUCAGCUUCUGGAAGCUGAAUAUGAUGAUUACAGUUCUACAAAUGCAAGUGGUGCUGCAUUCUGCCGUUCAGCUGCUCUAAUUUUAAUGGCUCUUCUGUUAUUGCGGCAUGCAUUGACUGUUACUGAUGGUGAUGGAGAUGAUGACCCUUCUGCAUUCUUCUCUCUUUUCUUACUUCGUGCUGCUGGCUUCCUUUUACCCUGCUACAUCAUGGUCUGGGCGAUUAGUAUUUUGCAGCGGAGAAGACAGAGACAGGAGGCUGCGGCAUUGGCUGCGACACAGUUUGCAUUUGUGGUACAAUCUGGGCAAAGCAGGGGUCUGCACUUUGCGAUUGCAUCCACUGCACCUCUACCUACACCUGCAACAGCAUUGACUCCACAACAGGAGCAUGUUUGAAAUCUCCUGCAAUCCUCAUUUCACUGAGUGGAACAAUCAGCAUCUUUUGUGCGGCAUCAUAUGAAGGACCAAUCUCUCUCGUUCAUUUUGAAAAUAUGCCUUCUUUGUCUUUUAAAUGUCUCCUUCGGUUCUGUGUAUAUAGUAAUGAUGCUUCUGUAUUCGAGCUGGUUAGGGAAAUUCGGUUGACAUGGGCCAUGGCCGUUUGUUUGCUGAGCCUCAACCUUCCGAUUACCUAUUCCUAUGUUACUUCAUUUUCUUUUUGUUUUUCUGAGGGUUCCUAUGUUACACUUUCAAGUCUUUUGCAUGGUUUGGAUAUCAAAUGCUCCUAUGUCAUGAGCACUCUGGCCCCUAAUUUGAGGGCUGUACUAAUACGACACUUUGCCUGCCUUUUUCUGUCUCCA